GCCAAUUUGCAACCUCAGCCCGAUCAAUGGCUUUGCUGUCGCUCGCGCCCUCGUGCUUGGGCCUCGCGACGCCGCUGCGCGCGGCGCCGCCGCUCGCGAGCUCGCGCGCCGCUGCUGUCUCCAUGGACUACUCCAAGGAGGAGCUCGCCACUGCGCUGAACCCGGUCGUCGGCUACUUUGACCCGCUCGGCCUCGCGACGGCCGACUUCUGGUCGCAGGGCAACGAGGCGACGUGGGGCUGGCUGCGGCACGCUGAGAUCAAGCACGGGCGCGUCGCGAUGUUCGCCUUUGUCGGCUACAUUGCCCAGUACAACGGACUCCACUUUGGCUUCCCGCUCAGCCUGCCCGAGUCGCCGUCGUACGCCGCGGGCCUGACGCCGCCGGAGCAGUGGGACGCGCUCCCGCUGCUCGCAAAGGCGCAGAUCUUCACCUUCAUCGGCUUCCUCGAGUUCUGGAGCGAGCUCGGCAUGGAGACGCACUACAUGAAGGGCGGCAGGCCGGGUGACUACCCUGACUUUCCCAAGGCGGGCGUCAUCCCCGUCACUCCCGUCAAGGUCUUCAACCUGUACGACCCGUUUGGCUUCGCGGGCAAGAGGUCCGAGGAGCAGAAGGCCAAGGGCCUCCUCGCCGAGAUCAACAACGGCCGCGCAGCGAUGAUCGGCAUCAUGGCGUUCCUCGCCGAGCAAAAGAUCCCCGGGUCCGUGCCGUGGGGGCCGCACCUCAAGCCGUACGCGGGCGAGGUGAUGGCGCCCUUCAUGUCGUGAGGUGCGGCGACCGCGCGCCGGCGCGCGGCCAGGCGCGCUCUCUCCCCCUGACUCCCACACAUUAGAGCGAGCGACAGACCGUCUGUGCCGAUGUUUGUGUCUUUUGCGCUGCAGUUAUUUCCCUAGAUACAAA